CGAUCCGCGUGCCUGUUACAGUGUCACAGAUUACCGUAUUGACAGAUAAGGCAGCCCAAUGGACAGCAGGCCAAAGUCCUGCUGUGUGCUGUAACUCCACUAGCUGCUGUUAAAUUGCUGCCUGACGAUGCAGUGGGGAAUGACGGUGCUAAAUCCCUUUUCUUCUAGCCCUGCGAGGCUUCCCCGCCCUUCGGCUUGUCCCUUUACCCCCUCCAUUGAUCCUCUGUCAUUUUUCCUUCGACACCCCCUUCUUCGCCUCACCUCACAUCACCUCAGCCUUAUUCACAGCUCCCUCACCACCACUCACCACUUCAGCGGGAGAGACUCCAAAGAUAAUAAUAAGAAAUAGAUACUCCCCAUCCGUAAGAAAUAUCCCUGACAAACCCCUCAAUUGUUAUUCUUUCUUUCUUUCCCCUUCUCCUGAUCAAUUCCCCCGUCUUUGCUCUCUUCUCCUAUUUAAACCACUGCUCUUGCUCCGGAAGCUUGCUUAUCCAAAAAUCGUUCUCAGAUUAUCACAAUCCUACAUCAUUUUGCAAGAUGGCAUCCCCGAUUCUCGAAGCUUCACAAAAGCACCCUAAACCCCAAGAUAGAACAUUUGCCUACGGAACUGCUGGAGUAAGCUCUGACUGCCACCCGUGGAGCUCUUUUGGUGCAAUUGCUUACUUGUUACUCCUUCCUCGUUGUAGUUCCGAAUGAAAGCGUAUGCCCUCUGCUGAAUCAUGUGCAGUCUGACCCGUUUUUAGCCACUAAGCGGUGCUGGGAAUAUAGGAAUUUGCUUGAUUCUAUUGUUUUCCGUGUUGGUCUUCUCGCUGCUCUCCGUUCACAAAAGCUGAAUGGAAAGACCAUUGGUGUUAUGAUCACUGCCUCUCACAAUGUUCCUGAGGACAAUGGAGUAAAACUUGUUGACCCUAUGGUGGGUCACAGCCACCUGGUAUCUGAUUUAUUGCGUAACUGAUAUGCAUUUUACUAGGGUGAAAUGCUUGAAGCCUCAUGGGAAGCCCAUGCCACAAGUCUAGCAAAUGCUCCGAGCGAAGAAGAGCUCAUGGCUCGCCACGAGUACUUGAUCUCUUCUCUGAAGAUCAAUACCUCCACCCCAGCUCACGUUAUUCUCGCCAAAGAUACUCGUGAGUCCGGACCUGCUCUUGUUGCCGCCCUGACCGAUGCCCUCACUUCCGUUGGUGCCAAAUACGAUGACUAUGGGACCCUAACAACGCCCCAAUUACAUUACCUUGUCCGCUGUUUGAAUACCCAACACCCCCCGCAUACCGAGCCAUACGGAGAGCCGACGGAGGAGGGAUACUACAAGAAGAUUGGAAGUGCCUAUACAAAGUUGCUGCAAGGCAAACCCAGGCCUGGGCCAAUUACCGUAGACUGCGCAAAUGGGGUUGGUGCACCAAAACUCAGGGCGCUCGCUGAGUACAUUGGAAAGGAGAUCUUCGAUGUCAAGAUUGUCAAUGAUCUUGUUGACCAGCCCUCAAAGCUGAAUUAUCAGGUCAGUCUGUCUAAUUACCUGUCGGCUGUAGCAGUAAACGUACUUACAUCAAAUUAGUGCGGCGCCGACUUCGUAAAAACUCAGCAACGACUCCCGCCUGCCUCUCAGGCCUCUCCCCUGGCUCGGUGUGCAUCACUUGAUGGUGAUGCCGACAGGUUAAUAUACUACUUCUCCGAUUCAGACGGCAUUUUCCGUCUGCUCGACGGAGACAAAAUUGCCACUCUGGUAGCUUCGUUUAUUACCGACCUUGUAAAAUCAGCCGGUAUUUUGGACCUCAGGGUUGGCGUUGUUCAGACCGCCUAUGCCAACGGUUCCUCGACGGCCUAUAUUACCAAGACUCUCGGUUUGCCGGUUAUUUGCACACCCACCGGUGUUAAGCAUCUUCAUCAUGCAGCCACUAAAUUUGACUGCGGUGUUUACUUCGAGGCUAACGGACAUGGGACGGUGGUUUUCUCCCACGCAGCUCACACAACCAUUGCUUCGCACUCGCCAGAGUCCCCUGCUCAAGCCAGUGCCUUGGAGAACCUCCAAGCCCUCAGAGCUUUAAUUAACGAGGCUGUGGGAGAUGCCUUGUCUGACCUCCUCCUCGUAGAGGUCAUUCUGGCACACAAGCGCUGGGGCCCAAAGGAGUGGGACUCCACAUACACUGACCUACCAAAUCGCUUAGUCCGUGUUGAGGUGAAGGAUAGAACUGUCUUCAAGACAACUGACGCCGAGCGAAAACUUGUGGAACCCGUGGGGGUCCAAGAGAAGAUUGAUUCUCUUGUCGGGAAGUACAAGCAAGGAAGGGCUUUCGCCAGAGCCUCUGGGACAGAGGAUGCUGUAAGGGUGUAUUCUGAAGCGGCGGAAAGGGGGGAAGCAGAGGAACUCGCGAGACUGGUCGCCGACGUUGUGGUACAGUUCUAAAUGGAACAUGGAUGGACGAGCAUAAAGGUGGAGGGGAUGCCGUGCAUUAAAUUUUUUUUUUCUUUUUUGGGAAGCACGAUGUUGACGAUGCACCCUUCCUGCCAUUAUGCUACACGAUUCCUGCUGUUUUUAGUAUCACCACAAACACGACAUUUGAGGAAGAAAUGGGGUAGAGUAAAAUCUACUCUCCUUGGU